AGAUUCUGUAUAUCCCAUUAAUGGAGCUACCCAAUAAUCUAAAGAUACUGUUAAUCCUAUUAUAAGUGAUCUUCCAAAUCUAGUUAGACUCGCAAUUUUAGAUUGUAAUGAUCUCCUUUUAUUUGGAUGAAAAAGUGUAUAACUAGUGCCUAGUAACAGCAAUCCUACAACGCUUUAAUGUUAUUCCCAGUUUCAUAAACAAUAGUUAAUUUACAUACCUGUACUAGUAUAUUUAAUUACUUUUUUCUUUGAUGAAUAAUUUACUUGUUUUGUAAUACUUAAUAAGUUAUAACGUAACAUUUGUUACAAUAGUAUUUAUUUUAAUUAUUUAUACAUAAAAUAGACAAAAGCCAAUAUGUAUAUAUGAAGUUUGACUUUUUUCAAGGACAUAUGAAAGCUGUCAUUUUUGAAAAGAGGUUAUAAAAGUUAAUAUCAUAAGCUCUUUAUAACUAUUUCUUAUAGUACUUUAUUUCUAUGAAAUAAUUUAUAAAACUAUAAAUGACGAAAAGAACAAUGUAUUAAUAUUGUACCUUUCGUUGUAUACAUCUAUAAAUAUACAUAUAUAUGUAUUUACGCAGCACCGUGAUCACGUGUUAUGACAUAUAUAUAUACUCCUAAGAGUAUACGCUGAUACAUAUGCAAUAUACUUUUUAUAUGUCCGUACUUUAUGCAAAACAUUUUGCGUGCUCGAACCACAGAAGUUAAAUCUAGAUAGAAAUAUGUUAAGAUUUCGUAAAUUAUUUCCAAAAAAAUCAUGUUCCAUUAUAGGAAUGAUACAUGUUGGUGCAUUACCUGGUACUCCUAAAUAUAAUGGAAAUAUGAGAGAAAUAAUAAAAAAUGCAUUGAGGGAAGCAAUGAUUUAUAAAGAUUGUCAAGUGGAUGGUAUUAUUGUAGAAAACAUGCAUGAUGUUCCAUAUGUUAAAUCUAAAGACAUAUCAUCUGAAAUUACAGCCAUGAUGACAAGAAUUUGUAUUGAAAUAAGGAAAUUAAUGCCUGAAAGCAUAGCUUGUGGCACACAGAUUUUAGCAGGUUGUAAUAAAGAAGCAUUAGCUGUUGCAAAGGCUGCUGAUUUUAAUUUUAUCAGAAGCGAAGGUUAUAUUUUUUCACAUGUUGCUGAUGAAGGUUUUAUGGAUGGUUGUUCAGGAAAUCUUCUUCGUUAUAGGAAAUAUAUUGACGCAAAUAAUAUUCUUAUUUUUGCAGAUAUCAAAAAGAAACAUAGUUCACAUGCAAUAACAUCAGAUAUCAACAUAUCAGAAACAGUCAAAGCUGCAGAAUUCUUUUUAGUCGAUGGAGUUAUAUUAACAGGUUGUGCAACUGGGGAUCCUGCAGAUGUACAAGAAUUGAAUGAAGUUAAAAAAGUGGCAAAAGGACCUGUUCUUGUUGGAUCUGGAGUUUCUAUUGAUAACAUAGAUCAUUAUAUGUCUUCAGACGCGGUAAUAAUUGGAACAAAUUUUAAGAUAAAUGGAAACUGGGAAAAUGCAGUUGCUAAAGAAAAAGUUGAUGACUUCAUGAGAAAAUUAGAAAAGAUACAAAGGCAAAAGUAUUAACACAAAUUGUUAAUUAAUGUCUUUAAUUUAUAUUAAUUAAUUCGUACUAUACAAUUUUAUACAAAUAAUAUUAAUUUAAAA